AGACCUGCUCCGCUUUUUGAAUUUGCGUCAUGAACACAGUCGAGUUCAGUGAUCAGCUUUCUUACCUCCUCUCUCUUUCGACGUCUCGUCCGACUUAAACUUGCUCUUUAGGCUUAUCUUACGCUUUCUAUAUCCUGUCUUGACAACGAUAAGAUACAUAAUCGAAGGAAGCCCAACUCCAGCUUGAGGCACCUCUUCAUUACUUCGGUGACGGGUCACCUAUCCUUGCAAGCUAAUCGCCUUGUUACCUUGGUCUUCCUGUCUCUUUGAUACCCAGUGCUUCUUUGGAAGGUGGAAGUAGGGUAGAGUGUGUGUAGGCUGCAUCACUAGGUACGUUUGUCGACGAAUGUGGGGCGUUCUAUCCCGGAGACUUAAAGAGUCCAAUUCUGGAUGUUCUUCGCAUUGUGCACGUUUGAACUUCGCCAGAUUACCUACUUGAAUCUGUUUCAACACAAGGUUUACCUCAAUGGCUUCCCCUCAAGACAAUUCUUCAAUUCUCUUCAGCUCGCCAGGCUCUACUCCGAGACCCACUCGAGUUAACUCUGAACACUCGCAUUCGCCCGUUCAACACCACCGCAGUAGCAUAAGCAGCGAUGCUGCAGAACUAGGCCAACGACCUCCACGUUUAUCUCCAACGCUUAUGAGGUCUUAUAAUCCCAAUGAUCCUGAUCAACAAGAGCGACAGCGUGCUAUGGACGCUGACAUGGCCAUGCAUCUUUCCCGGGCAAGAAGCAAUACUAUCGUAUCAUCUCCUGUGUCUCCUCCACGUCGCUCGUCGGAAGAGCUGCCUUUUCCCCCAUUGUCGUUCCAAGAGCAGCAAGACAUAGAUGUUGCCAAAGUCGGAGGAGGUGUGAAUGGUGAACUUGAACCAUCUCCUAGUUUUCUUCCUGGACCAGCUCCCGAGUCCCAGUUGAACCAUCUUAGCGUUGGUCAGGAUCCGGGCUUGCUGGUCGCACUUGAAGCGGCAGAGCCAGACGAUGUUACAUUGGGCGGCCUGCCGAUGUACCAAGCGAGCGAGGGUCGCCCAGCUUACGACUUCUCCAAGAUGGAAGAAUUCGUUCGUGAGGAGAAGGCGAAGUUGGGUAUUCAUAGUCCUGCUGCAGCUACCCCAGGAGCGUUUGAUUUCCGCAAUGUCGGUCGACCUACAUCAGAUGAGAAUGGAGCAGGUCCGAGUGCUGGAGGCCAAAUGCCUUCACCCUCAGACUUCACCAUUCCAUUCCCUCGACCGCGAGUACGUCAACGCAAGAUCAGUCAGAGUCAACCGGGACCACGGAGAGGCAAAAUGGCAUUGUUUGAACAAACUGGCGCACCACCACCUUCUCUUACCUUCCGGGCUCCACGUCUAGCUAUGGGAGAGGGUGGUACAACGCUUAGUACAGUACCCUCUUAUGAUAACCUUCCUGCUGCGAUCGAGGCAGGAGCACCUUCAAAUGGCAUGAUGCAGGGCGCUGGAGGUCUUGGUAUGGGCUCAGGGCAUGACAGACCAUACCGCUUCUCGUUUUACUCCAACUCUCUCUCAGCCACCAUCCAUGCUCGAAGCCUUAGCGAGUUACCAGCGGAGGGGCAAACAUUCGAAGACCUCUUCUUGGGCACCAGUACCCCUGAAGCCUCUCGUCAGUCAACCAGAACGGGCGCGUCAAAGACUGGAGCAGUACCGGUCCCACAACGCCCUUCUGGCAUCUCAAAGAUGUCAAAUGCCGGCGGAGGAGGCGGGGGAAAUGUGAAUGGUCCAGGAAGUAGUAACACCGAUUCGAAUACAUGGUGGCUUGACGUUCAAUCACCUACUGAGGAGGAAAUGAAACUGUUCACCAAGGUCUUUUCGAUACAUCCAUUGACAACAGAAGAUAUUCUCAUGGAAGAAACUCGUGAAAAGAUAGAGUUAUUCCGGACAUAUUACUUCGUCUGUUUCCGAAGUUUUGAGCAAGACCCAUACAGCCCAACUUAUCUCGAGCCACUCAACAUGUAUGUUGUUGUGUUCCGAGAUGGUAUAUUAUCGUUCCAUUCCCGCCCAACACCUCAUCCUCAGAACGUUCGCCGACGUAUCAAGCAGCUAAAGGAUUACAUUAGCGUGACUUCAGAUUGGAUCUCAUACGCUCUGAUCGAUGAUAUCACUGAUGCUUUCGGACCUCUUAUUCAAAGCAUUGAGUAUGAGGUCGAUAGUAUUGAUGAGCUCGUGUUGAUUCUUAAGGAAGCGGAGCAAAGUGACAUGUUACGAAGAAUCGGAACGUGUCGCAAAAAGGUCAUGGGUUUGUUGCGGCUCAUGGGCAACAAGGCCGACGUCGUAAAAGGUCUUGCAAAACGCUGUAAUGAGAACUGGCGUAUGGCACCUACUUCAGAUAUCGGACUCUAUCUCUCCGACAUUCAAGAUCAUUUGAUCACGAUGACGCAGAAUCUGAACCAUUACGAGAAGAUCCUCUCGCGUUCACAUUCCAACUAUCUUGCUCAGAUCUCAAUUGAAAUGACCGACGCGAAUAACCAGAUCAAUGACGUACUUUCCAAGUUGACUGCAUUAGGUACUGUACUGAUCCCGAUGAACCUUGUGACCGGCUUAUGGGGAAUGAACGUUCAUGUACCUGGCCAGGAUAUCGAGACUGGUUAUGCUUGGUUCGGCGGUAUUGUUGCUGUACUGUCUGCGUUCGCCGUGGUCGCUGGUUGGUUAACGUACAAGCUCAUGGUUGCACGAUAGACUAUCGUAUCUUAUAUCUCACAUUUCCCACACUCUGAUAUCAUAUUCACUGUAUUUGAAUCACGCAUACUAUAUUGUUCACUAAAAAUGCCACAGAAUGACUCAUACACCUAAUCACAUAACCGAAUAAAAGAAUAAGAAUACUCCUAGUAUUACACGCAAUUGGAAAGGAAAGAAGCAUAGAAUCAGCAAUCGAAGCAAUUAUAUAUUCAGAAAGAGAGCAAAGCAUACGACGAAUCAACGUCUCGAAGGUGAACUAGGAUCAGAAUCGGCCCAACGAGGAUCAACAUCGUGGUAUGGUUCCCGAGGGGCAUAGGUGGCUUUCAUAGGACGAACGGGUACAGAUCGAGACGAAGAGGGCAAUUCUUCCAGUCUGGGAGGAAUUGAAACGCUCGUAGGCAUCAGCGGCACAGAACGAGGAGGAUAUGGUUGCUGAUGUCCCGGCGGUGGUCCAACUGGAUGGCGAGGUGGCGGGGCAGGAGGUGGGGGAGAUCGUACAUCGACGGGAUUUGGAGAGAGCAUCAUGGCAAGUGAGGGAGAGAGGCCUUGAUUUGAUCGGCCAGGCUGUGACGAUAGUGAAUUCGAGUGUUGUCGUCGUUUUGGCG